GGCAUUUUCCUUGAAGCAUGAUGGACACACUGUUCCUCAAAGCGCUGCUGCUUUUGGCUGGCUGCUUGACUGGGCUUGUCUAUCACCUCUCCAAUCCUUUUCUGGGAGAAAAGAGAACAGGUUAUGAAAAGCCGAAUUUUGUAAUCAUUUUGGCAGAUGAUAUUGGAUGGGGGGACCUUGGAGCCAACUGGGCUGAAACAGAGGAUACUCCUCACUUGGAUAAUCUAGCUUCUGAAGGAAUGAGGUUGGUGGAUUUCCACUCGGCAGCAUCCACUUGCUCCCCGUCUCGUGCCUCGCUCCUCACGGGACGGCUUGGUACUCGCAAUGGCGUGACCCACAAUUUUGCUGUGACUUCAGUCGGUGGCCUCCCCCUAAAUGAAACCACGUUGGCUGAGGUUCUGCAGGACGCCGGAUACCUCACUGCCGUGAUCGGCAAGUGGCACCUUGGACACAAUGGCCUCUAUCAUCCCAACUUCCGCGGUUUCGACUAUUACUUCGGGAUCCCCUACAGUCACGACAUGGGCUGUACUGACACCCCAGGCUACAACCUCCCUCCGUGUCCAGCCUGCCCUUUGCACUCUGCAUCGGCAAGCAGCUUUGGGAAGGACUGCUACACCAAGGUGGCACUUCCUCUCUUUGAAAACAUCAGUAUUGUCCAACAGCCUGUCAACUUGACCAGCUUGGCUAUGGAGUAUGCAGAAAAAGCAACUCGGUUCAUUCAGUGUGCCAGGAAAAGCGAACGCCCGUUCUUCCUGUACCUGGCUCUUGCUCAUAUGCACGUGCCCCUGGUAAUUGCUCAGCCACCAUCCUGCUCGUCACUCAAGGACAUAUAUGGAGCCAGCUUGAGGGAGAUGGAUGCUUUAGUGGGACGGCUGAAGGAGGAAAUCGACAGCUCCCAGGAGGAAAACACGCUUCUUUGGUUCACAGGAGAUAACGGUCCGUGGGCGCAGAAGUGCGAGCUUGCAGGGAGUGUCGGCCCAUUCAUCGGCACGUGGCAGCGCCAGCGAGGUGGGAGCUCAGCAAAGCAAACCACUUGGGAAGGGGGACAUCGCGUUCCAGCACUGGCAUACUGGCCUGGCAAGAUCCCUGCAAAUGUGACAAGUGCUGCUCUGUUGAGCACCUUGGACAUUUUCCCCACCGUAGUGUCCCUGGCAAAUGCAACCCUCCCUCUCCACAGACGCUUCGAUGGCCUGGAUGUGUCUGACGUCCUCUUUGGGCAAUCGCAAAGCUGUUCUCGGACGUUGUUCCAUCCCAACAGUGGAGCGGCUGGAAAGGAUGGAGAGAUAAAAGCACUACGGUUGGCUCAGUACAAGGCUUUCUACACGACAGGGGGAGCAAAAGCUUGUGAUGGGAGCAUUGGGCUGGAGGAGCAUCAUGACCCACCACUCAUAUUUAAUCUGGAGCGUGAUGCCCAGGAGCAGGAGCCUUUGGAUACGAAGUCCAGCGAGUACCAGGCCAUGUUUCCUGCAGUAACCAGGGCUUUCGCCAACAUCCUGCAGGACAUUGCAACAGACAACGUGUCUACCGCCGAUUACUCCCGCAACCCAGCUGCAACGCCCUGCUGCAAUCCACAGCACGUAGUCUGCCGAUGCCAACCUUGCCGCAACCCAGACCACAGUGGGACUACGCAGUCAACACACUCUCAGGCUUAAUCAGUCGGAGGUGACAAGGGAGGCCACCUUGGACCCCAGGAAUCUCUCCUUGGAAUAUUUUGUGGAAAGUGAAAUGCAGUGGCUUCAACAAAGCAGCAUGUCUCAGUAAAAAGGCAUUUGUCAGAAUUGCUCUGACCACCUCUGCCCAGCUAGCAUGGCCCGAGUGAGCUCCCAAGCUAGCAAGUGAAUUGGCCACAGGGUCGACUUUCAGCUCAUAGCAGGCGAAGCACAGGCCCAGCGACAGAUGCUGUAUCUGAGCUCCUACUGCUCUGUCUCUCCACUAAGGAAUAUUUUUGGAAAGUCCCCUCCCUCUUCCUGAGUCACACGUAUAAAUUGUUCCCUUGAGUUAAUUACAGCACCAGGCUCUGACAGAUCAAAGUUCAUUACAUAAAGAGCCUGCUGUUGUACAGCG